AUGUCUGUGUUCACGAGAUAUGCUGACCAUAUUGCUCACCGGAUAUGGCAGGGGGAGGAGCGAGGAGCACUGAGGAUCGUUUCACAUUGGUCGAAGCUGAAGGACUUCCCAAGGGAUCAUAUGCCUGAGGCGGUUAAUCGUAUUAUUAGAGACUUUCGCUUGUUGGAGUUUUCUCAGUGCUCCCUUACCAUGCCGGAUGCCUCUCUGAUGCCUGCUUUUGUUGAGAAGUGGCACCCAGAGACAUCACCCUUUCACCUUCCAUUUGAGGAGAUGACGGUGACACUAGAUGAUGUAGAUGCCCUCCUCCACAUCCUCAUUGCUGGUACGUUCUUCACACCUCCUUACAUUAACCAAGAGGCGGCGUUGUGCUUGGUUAUGGAGGACUUAGAGACAAGUCAGUGUUGGAUAUACAAGCAUUUCCCUCACUUAUGUGAUCGGAAGACUCACUGUGUCGCUGUUGACUCACCGUGUGCGAGGAGAUGGAAGGCCAGGCAUGCCAUUCCUGGAGGUGUGGCUGAGUACAGGUGGAGGCUCGAUGCACUUAGUGUGGACGAUGUGGUAUGGACACUAUAUGUAUCUCACCGCCCUCAUCGUCCAUUUGAUGACGCUUCUCUGUACUCGGGGCAUAUCAGGCGGGAGACCCAUGUGACUAGACACUUACCUGCGAUGUGUCUACGUCAGUAUGGCUUUAUUCAGACUAUCCCUCGUCCUAUUCCUGUGGUUCCAACUGGCGGUAUCGACAGAUGGUUUCAGAGCCACAUCAUCAGCUCUGCACGUGAGAUCAAGGAGAACUCAUCUAUUGUUCAGCAUGCUUCUUAG